AUGGACCCGGACGAAAUGAUCGCUGGUACAGAUACACCGCUGAUGCAGGCAUCGUGCACAGACAGCAUCAAGGUUACAACUCUGCUGAUCGAGGCUGGUGCUAACCAGGAUCUGCGUGACGAUGUUGGCCGUACGGCGCUGAUGGGGGCCGCAAUGUUUGGCUGUCUUCGCGUCCUGCAAUGUCUCCUCGACUCUGGUGCUCAGAUGGAUUUGCAGGACAGUCAAGGUUUUUCUGCGAUGAUGUUUGCGGCACUCUACAAUCAAGCUUUUGCUGCAAGUUUGCUCCUGGAUGCCGGUGCUCAACGAGAUUUGCGUGACAACGGUGGCCGCACAGCACUACAAUGGGCAGCUGAAGCUGGUAACGAUGCCAUUGAGCAGUUGCUUCUUGAGCCCUAA